AGGGGUCUUUUUGUAAUUUCGAAAGGUUAAUUGCACCUAAAAAUGAGGAGGCAGAGAGACGUUAAGAUUAAAGUGACCGGUCAGUGACCUAACUGUUUACCACUUUUCUCUUUCUCUCUCCUCUUCUCCAAUGGCUUCACCACCAUUUUAAUUUCAUUAUAUUAUAUAUCACCACUCUCCAUCUUCCCUUACUCCUUUCUCCUUUUAAUUUUUCCAAUAAAUAAAUAAAUUAAUUAAUAAUAAAUAUAAACUCCGGCGGCGGCCAUGGCCGUGGAGCUGAUGAUGAACUACAGAAACAGCAGCUUUGUUUCACAGUCGUCGUCGGAAGAAAAAGCCGCCGCCGCAGAAGCUUCUUCUGGCCUCCAGAGUGUCGAGAAGCUCAUCAGAUUGUUCUCUUCUUCUUCUUCCACCUCCUCCCACCACCAAACCGUUGAGGCGGCGGAGACGGAUUACGCGGCGGUGGCCGACGCCGCGGUGAGCAAGUUCAAGAGAGCGAUCUCUCUCCUCGGACCGGCCCGAACCGGCCACGCCCGGUUCAGGAGAGCCCCUGUAUCUGCUGCUGCUGCUGCAACGUCUCCGCCGGCUUCUUCUUCCUCUUCACCUAACUCCGACGAACCAGAAACUCACGGCUACCGUAAUAGUAACACUAAAAUCUACUGCCCAACUCCAAUUCAGCAAAUCCCACCUCCGGAUUACCAUCUCAACAACAAGGAAUAUUCCAGCUCCAAAACAAUUAGCUUCUCCUACUCGCCGGCGAUUUCCCGAGUCAACUCGUUUGUUUCCUCCCUGACCGGCGCCGAUUCGGAAAACAAGCUACAGCUACAGGUACAUCCGUCUUCUUCGUCGGCUUUUCAGAUCAUCAGCAGUAGUAAUAAUAAUAACAACUCCGCCGCAAAGCCGCCACUAUCCUCUUCCUCCUCCUUCAAGAGGAAGUGCACUUCGUCGGAAAACGCCUUCUCCGGCCAGUGCAGCGGAUCCUCCAGCCGCUGCCACUGUACCAAGAGAAGGAAAUUGAGACUGAAGAGAGUAAUAAUGGUGCCGGCGAUAAGCAUGAAAAUGUCGGAUAUACCCCCGGACGAUUACUCGUGGAGAAAGUACGGACAGAAGCCGAUCAAAGGUUCACCGCACCCUAGGGGUUAUUACAAAUGCAGUAGUGUGAGAGGGUGCCCGGCCCGAAAACACGUGGAGCGGGCCGUGGAUAAUCCGACUAUGCUUAUUGUUACCUAUGAGGGCGACCACAAUCACUCCCUCUCUGUAUUAGCUGAUACCCCCACUACCAUGAUUCUAGAAUCUUCCUAGUUAUAUAUAUAUAUAUAUAUAUACUAGAUAUAAAAUACUAAUUUGGUUAAGAGCAUCUAAUAAUCUCGAAGGAGAUUUUAGUUAGUUUGCGUUGAUUUAUGAGAUGUUAUUUUUAUUUUUUAUUUUCUUUUUUGUUAAAUUAUGUCUAAAUCAGUGUGAAUUUUGGAAUUAAAUUGUGUUAGUAUAUUUAUAUAUAUAUAAAAAAUAUGAUAUAUGGCAAAAAGAAAAGGGCAUGGUGGAGUAGAUGAGUUGGGCUUAUUUUUGUAAUAUUUCUUUUUUCUUUAUUACAUUUUCUUUCUUGCUUUUGCUUUUAGAUCUCUGUCUCUUUGAUUCCUCAUUACUUAAUUAUUUUGGGAUUUGCAUACGCACAAAUCUCUAUAGAUUUGCUAUAAUGUAUUGAUAAUUAUUUAAGUUAGUUGAUUUUGAUUCAUAUUA